AUGACGGACAUCGACAUCGGAACCGCAGCAGAAAGAAACGACGACGGAGGAGGAGGAAGACGAGAACCGUUGAUUAACCGUGAAAAGAAGUUCAAGCGUUCUGUCUCGAACGCGUACGACGAGCUCCAUAGUUUCCGGAAAUAUCUGAGAUGGAUGUGCGUGGACCAGUCAAGCCCUUGGACAGCGGUUCUGUCUUGGUCGAUGUUUGUCGUUUUCACGCUCGUGGUUCCUGCGAUGUCUCACUUCAUGCUCGCUUGCGCCAACUGCGAUAGCCAUCACUCUAGGCCUUAUGAUUCUGUUGUUCAGCUUUCUCUUAGCAGCUUCGCUGCCCUUUCUUUCUUAUGUCUCUCAAGGUUCGUUAGCAAGUUUGGUCUCCGACGGUUCCUCUUCUUUGAUAAGCUUUGGGAUGAGAGCUCCACUGUUCGCCGAGGAUACACUAAUCAGCUCAACAGAUCGCUUAAGAUUCUCUCCUACUUCGUCACACCUUGUUUCUUAGCCAUGAGCUCAUACAAGAUAUGGUGGUACGCUUCAGGAGCAUCUCAGAUUCCUUUCCUCGGUAAUGUCAUCUUGAGUGAUACAGUCGCUUGUCUUAUGGAACUCUGCUCGUGGCUCUACCGUACUACAGUGAUCUUCCUUGUUUGCGUCCUCUUCCGUCUCAUCUGCCAUCUCCAAAUCCUUAGGCUUCAAGACUUUGCUCAAGUCUUUCAGAUGGAUUCAGAUGUUGGCUCCAUCUUGUCUGAACAUCUCCGCAUCAGACGUCACCUCAGAAUCAUCAGCCACCGAUACAGAAUCUUCAUAUUGUUGUCAUUGAUUCUUGUCACUGGAAGUCAGUUUUACUCGCUGCUUAUUACCACCAAGGCCUCUUCUGGAUUAAAUAUCAACAGUGCUGGAGAACUAGCACUAUGUUCAAUGACGCUGGUCACUGCGCUGCUAAUUCUACUACGAAGUGCAUCAAAGAUCACACACAAGGCUCAGGCGGUGACUAGUCUUGCUGCAAAGUGGCAUGUCUGUGCGACCAUAGAAUCAUUUGAGACAGUGGAUGGAGGGACUCCAAGGUUGGUUGAUAGAACAACCGGAAACGGUAUCUAUUCAACAGAUGUUGAUAUUAGAGACACAGAUGACAGCGAGGAUUAUGGAGAGGAAGAGGAUGAUUUUGAUGACAAUGAUCUCAUCCCUGCUUAUGCUUAUAGCACCAUAUCAUUCCAAAAACGACAAGCUCUAGUGAAUUACUUUGAGAACAAUAAAGCAGGAAUCACAAUAUUUGGUUUUACACUUGAUAGAAGUGCUCUGCAUACAAUAUUCGGGAUUGAAAUGUCGCUUGUUCUCUGGCUUUUGGGUAAGACCAUUGGGAUCUCUUGA